AUGGUCUCCGCCACCGCUCUCCUCCUGGGCGCAAGCCUCUCCUUCGUUUCUGCCCACCCCGGCAAUCUCUCUCCCCGUCUCACGGUCCCUGGCCGUUGGGAGUCCCUUGGUGGAGCUUUUACCCCCUAUGCUCCCUCUGUCGUCGCCUGGGGACCCAACCGUCUCGACCUCUUUGGCGUCGGGCUCAACAGCGCCAUGUGGCACCGUUGGUGGGACGGCCGCUCGUGGAAUAACUGGGAGUCCCUUGGUGGACAGCUCACCUCUUCCCUUAUCCCCGCUGCCCACAAGUGGUGGGAUGGCCGCAGCUGGGGUGGCUUCGAGGAUCUCGGAGGCCAGAUCGAGGGUGACCCGUCCGUCGUGGCCUGGGGUCCCAACCGUCUGGAUGUGUUUGCCAAAGGCAAGGAUUCGGCCAUCUGGCAUAGAUGGUGGAACGGGCGCGCAUGGGGAGGCUGGGAGUCGAUGGGCGGUCGCAUGAAGGGUUCCACCUCGACGACUGCUUGGUCUGCCAACCGUCUUGACCUGUUUGCCGUCUCGGCUCAGGACUCUUCUCUCCAGCAUAAGUGGUGGGAUGGGAGCAGAUGGAACAGCGGAUGGGAGAAUCUCGGCGGGACUCUGCAUUCUGACCCUGUGGCGGUGUCUUGGGGGCCGAACAGGAUCGAUGUCUUUGCUUGCGAAGAGGGACUUGAUUCACAAGUGGUGGGAUGGGCGGAGAUGGGCAGGCUGGGAGAGCUUGGUGGUGUGUUGGAGUCUACGCCUGUUGUGGUUUCGGACCAGGCCAACAGGCUGGAUGUCUAUGUCCUUGGAACUGACAGCGCGUUGUGGCAUAGAUACUGGGACGGCACCGCUUGGAGACCGUGGAGAAGCUUUGGUGGGACUCUAGUCAGCAAGCCGGCUGUUGCUUCCUGGGGGCCUGAUCGCGUUGAUGCGUUUGCUUUCGGCACUGAUUAUGCUAUUUGGCACAACUGGUGA